AUGGAGGGUGUCAGGAGCAGCGCUGCGGCAGCACCGGAGCCCCGCUGGAGCAGAGGGCAAACAGCUAGAAACGAUGGCAGAAUGGAAGCCCUGAAAGUAGAAGUCGCAUUCAAAAAUCAGUAUUUCUUUACUAGGCCGGCAGGGCUGGGGACAUGGAGAAGGGACCCUUCUCGGUGGAGUGGCUGGCCCAGAGCAGCCUCGGCGGAGCCAGGGAGCUGCCCGAUAAAAACAUGGUUUCAGAAUCGUCGUAUGAAGUUCAAACGCCAGACUCAAGAUGCCAGGAUCGAAACUCUUUUCUCGGGCUUGUUUCUGCCCUAUCGUUACUCAGACACGGCCACAUCCAGCUAUCCUCAUGGGGUGGAUGUCAAUGUCUCUGCUACCGCUGCUCUUUCCCUUCACCCAGCUGUGCCAAACCCUGCCUUGUUACCUUCUGUUCCAGCUCAGUCUCUUCAGCCAGUUUUGCCAAGUCCAGCUUUACUAUUGCCUCCCGGGCCAGGAUUAUCUUGUUACUCUUCUGUGCUUCCAGCAGUGACUCUAACCACUGAAUUCAUAAAAGACUGAGGUUCCAACAAGAUCUUCCUUCGUGUUAAAAAUCAAAACGAUUAUGUGUAAUCCUAAAAAAAAGUACCAAACUUUUUAAGACUAACUAUUUAACUUAUUUUGUUAUAUUAAAUAUUCUUGGGAUUAUUUUCUUUAACAUAAAAAAGUUUGAUUAGAGGAGAAAAUAAUUUACCCAUAUUUGAGAAGUUAUACUGAGAGUGGAAGUGAAGGACAUGAAACCUCUCUUUAGUCUGACAGUCUUUACCGUGUUGUGUGGAAAUUUCUAUAUAAAUUUUCUUAUCUAAAAGUUUUCAGAAAAUAACCUCUAAUCGUGUGGAGAUCUCCACUAAAGAAGUAGAGUACUGUUUACACUGAAAUUUGUGUAGUAACUAUGUUACUUUAUAGGUAAUGCUGUCAAAAACUUUGUCCAUUCUACCUGAGUGGGGGGUUUUAAGGAAGGAUUUGUAAGCUACAGCCAAGCGCAUUUAAAUCAAAAUGUUAUUAAAGGUAAAAACGCUAUAAACAAAA